UCUUCUUGUUUACCAAAUGUAUGUAAUUUUCAGGGAUCAAGUCCAUGGACAUUGACCAGGACAAGUGCACGCUGACGGUGGUCGGCACCGUCGACCCGGUGUGUGUCGUGCAGAAGCUCAGGAAGUCGUGCUUCGCCGCGACUAUGAUCAGCGUGGACGACGACAAACCCAAGGAGAAGAAGAGCCCCUGCCAGGAGGCCUGCGAGAAGGCCUGGAAGGAGAAGUACGAGAAGGCCUGCAAAGAGAAGUGCGAGAAGGCUUGCAAGGAGCCGUGGUGCGGCGACUGCGAGAAGGGGACACCGUCGUACCGCUGCACGCCGGGCUGCUACUCCAGCCCCUGCGGCCUGCCCAGCUGCCACUACUACAGCAAUGGCUACGGCUACGGCGUGCGCACACCCCCGCCGCCACUGGGAUACGCCUGCUAUGAGGAGCGGUCACGCGGAGGCGGAGGAGAAUGCGGCAUCCAGUAAGCCGGUG